CCGCGGAAAGCUCCGCGCUCCGCCACCAUGGGCAGCGCGGGCGCGGAGGAGAAGGAAGGUCAAACUUAAUAGAAAAAUUGGAAGUAUGCCCAAUGAAAAUCUAUACUGCAGGCAAAGAAGCAAUAGAGGUGAAAAUCCCACGGAGUCACCAGGAUGUGAUGCCCAACGAUGAGCAGUAAUUACUGCAGCAACACUUCAGCCAGCAUGAGUGUCAACGAAAUGUCUGCCUUCCCUCUGACUUUAGAGCAAAAAACUGGCUUUGCCUUUGUGGGGAUUUUGUGUGUUUUCUUGGGACUUCUAAUUAUCAGAUGCUUCAAAAUCUUGCUAGACCCCUACAGCAGUAUGCCUUCUUCUACGUGGGAAGAUGAAGUUGAGGGGUUGGAUAAAGGAACAUUUGAAUAUGCUCUUGCAUGAAACCUCACAGAAUAC